UCUGAUUUCUCGAAAGCUGUAGAACUCGCGGGUGAUCCGGUCUUACAUCGUUCCCUCCGUCAUAUUCCUUGUUGUCCCCUAUUUUGGGAGUCAGAGUCAAAACAAAUUCCCUAUUCAUAUACUGGUAAUUCAUCCAAGUUUUGACCAGAAAUCUUAUAAUUAAAAUCACGUCGAAAUGGGUGCAGACGGUUAUUCUGUUUUUGUGCUUCAUGAAGGACAUUAUGCAAGAUCCCCUGACUACGUAUAUCGAAAGUGUAAUACUGCACUAAUUCGUGGUCCAGCAGGUGCUUAUGUGGUGAACCCUGGGUCUGUUUGGAAUGGGCUUGAGUUGUUAUCAUCUCUCAAAACUGCGGGUAUUCACGAACCUGAAAAGGAUAUCAAAGGUGUCAUAUGUACAGAUGGUCAUGCUGAACAUGUUGGUUGUAUGAGUACAUUCGGCUGUGCUGACAUAAUGAUUGUUGGAUACGAUAUACAAAUGCGAGGCGACAAGUUCUUGGAGCACGAUUUUUCCUGUGGAAUAACACCGUAUGAAUUUGAUGAGAAUUUUUGUGUUAUCGGAACUCCUGGUCAGAGAGGUCCACAAGUCAGUUUGAUAGUAAAUGGUCGUCUUAUAGAGUUGAAGACUGGUGAGUGUCGUGAAUCAUGUCGUAUAGCUGUUACUGGGAACUUGUUUAUGGAUGUUCAAGAUGCUAGUCGUGUAAGCUUUCUUGACACGCUGGAAGGGAAUUAUGGAGAAAGUAACUGUGACAAAGAAAAUUUGAUCAACGGUUGGCGUCAAAGCCGUAUGUCUAUUUUAGAGCGAGCUGAUUGGGUAGUCCCUGCUUAUGGUCCUCCCUUCAAGGUUAAACCAGAAUAUUCUUCAACACCAUGCGUUGAACUUGCGUAGUGAUCUUACAUUUUUGUCCGCAUUUUGAACAAAAAUACAAUAUCAUUAUGGAAGAGAUCAAUUAUCAUAUUAUCAUAAAAAUAAACCUAGUUACACUUUCAGUGAAAGUACAAAUCUGUUUGGUGAAAAUACAAAACUUCUUGGAUUGUUACAUUUCCAUUUGUACCAGUAGCAAGUUGUGUUAUAUAAAUGAUUUUUUUCUAAUUUUACUCUUCUUUUCCCUGAUAUUUGUAUGAAGUUUAUGCUACUCGAUAACAUCGCUGUUUAGUUGUUUGUUAACUUGGGACUUUUUUGUUCAUGUAAGUAUUAUAGCUGUUUGUUAGGUUGCUCUGCCUUAUAACUUCGGUAAGUACUCCCCUAUUGUGUCAAACUGUCUAAAUUCUGCUAUAUUUGUUAAGUGGGACAUUUUUUAAAUUAGCCGUCUCGCAAAACGUGUAACUCAAAUAUUCAACCUCUGUUGAUUUGGAUAUAGUUACACAUUUUAUGUAAAAGCUAUAGAAUAUUGUUUCCAUGUCUAAGAAAGUCCAUAUGUAUGUCAGCCCACUACGUUAUCUUUAGUGUACUUUCAUCUUCACUUCGACUUAUAAUUUUUUUUAACAAUCACAGAAUUUAAGAGACACUAGUCGUGUAUGUUUAAUUGCAAAUUAGUAAAAAUCUUUUACCAUUGCUAAGGCACUAGCUAUUCUGUUCUGGUUAUUAUUUUAUAAUCAAUACUUAUGAGAUAAAGUAAUUGCUUAAUGUAUAAAGUUGUUCUGUUUCACAGUUACUGGGUUAUAAGUUUGAACGCAUCUUCAUUUCGGUUUAAACAACUGGUUAUCACUAGCCAGUAAUGUAGUUCAAGGCUUGCAAUAUACGAAUGUAUGUUCUUCGUAGAUGUGUUGCAUCAGAAGUGAUUUGGAAGAUACCAAUUUACAUUUAGUGAUAUGUUUAUUGAUAAAGAUAAUAAUACUUUUUUCUUCAAGUGAUAUUUCUUAUAUAAAUUGCACUAAUUCGGAAUAAAUAAAUAAAUAAAUGCAACUUUAACCUAAUAAAAAUCCAAGUAUCUACACAUGAAUCACAUCUAUCAUUAAAUCCCUUAACUCCUAGGGCAGAGUUCAAAUGGUUUUUUUCUGUUUAACGUUUUUAGCAAGGUUUUCUAUGGGAUAGAGUUGCCGACCCUAUGGACAGCCUUACUCCUUUAUCCGGGAUUGCGACAGGUAGUAACCCUAAAUGGGUUCUAGUAAGAGUUUAUUGUUAAGUUGCCCCCAAAUACCGAGAGUGGGGAGAGUCAGCUCUCCCUCUCGAAAUGUUCUCACAUAACCACGUGCAUACAACUACUGCCAGGGAAGUCCUACUCACUGCCUUCUCGUGGAGUGGGUGUUGUUUACGAAACUGAGAGGCCGAAAAGCGAAUUUCCUGCACUAACCGGGUUGAUGGAUACGGAGGAUCUACCUAGGGGAGUUGGGAAACCCUGACUCCAAACCAAUGGUGCAUAUGGGUUCCAGGAUCCUAAGGAAACAAAUGUCGUAUGAACCAAUUGUUGGUCAUCGAGUACCAUGAGACUGCAUCUCCUGACGUUGCUCCACUGCCUUAUGGAUUAGACCUUUAGGUCGAAGGCUUGGGGUGUGGCCCCCUAAGAAAGCCACCUCUUUCGGUUUGAGCGUUUGAUCAGUAAUCCAGCCCUCAUACAAAUCGAAUCAUUUGUGUAGUG